UUGCGUGUAUGUGCGCGUGCGUGCGUGCCCUGUCCGUAUCCCCUUACAUAACUGCGAGGCGGGCAGUCAAAAGGUGGCUGAGUGGACAAGACUGCGUCACAGAAGGAGUGGUUGACGAUGGCGGUGGGCAAGUCGUAUAAAGCUCUGCGCCACCCGCAGCCGCCGCCACCAGAAGCGGAGCAGAUACAAACAAUACCCCCCGUCACCAAUUACCUCCACACCCUUCCUCCAUUCGUCCUCGCCACCCUCAAUCGUCUCGCCGGCUGCACCGCAACCCCCUUCCCCUGCAAACCCCCACACCCGCCACAAAACGAUCUCACUCCCAACGCAAAUGUCUCGGCGCUCUUCUCGCCCCGACACGGCGCUCUACCCGAGCCGCGGCGAGAUGUACGAGUCGUGGCGCGGCGGCGUCGCGUGCCUCUGCGUCGCGAUCUUCUUCCUCAUGACCGUGGCUAUCAUCUACUGGCAGGUGGUGGACACUCCCGAGAGGGCGUGGGCCCUCAAGGCGGCGUCGCUGCGCAGCGGCUUGGCCUGGGACGCUCGCGCGCUCCGUCUCGUGCUGGCCCGGCACCACGUUCAGCGCGACGAUCGCGAUGGUGACGUUGAUCGCGAUGAUGGUGGUGGUGGUGAUGAAGACGCGUCGACAGAGGUGGUGGUGGAGGAGGAGGAGGAGGAGGAAGAUGACGAUGGCGGUGGAGAUGUUCCGAUCUCGAGCGCAUCUCAAAUUGGAGAUCUCCUGGAAAUCCGCUGCGCCGCGGUCAAUGUGCCGGACGCAGGAGAGGAGGUGAAGAAGGUUGCGUGGAACUCGAGACGAGCGACUUGCGUCAGCAGGGAAAGUGGUCAACAGCAGCAUCAGCAACGCCAACACCAACAACACAAUCAUAUUAAUCACCAACAUAAUCGUCACGAGCAUGCUUCGCCGUCUUCAUCGACGACCUCGCAAAAAGCAUCAUCAUCAUCGGCAACAUCGUCAUCGUCGCCUUCGUCGCCACCCGAGUUUUGUGAGAGGUGGGAGGCUGGGGAGGAGUUGCGCGUGAGGGCGGAGAGCGUGGAUGCUGGAGGACACUUGGACUGUUACCACGUGGAGUGGACCUACCCGGACUGUCGCUCCACACUGCAGAAUUGCUUCGUGCUGCCGAACGGCACGUGGUUUGGCUGGUCCCCCGAUGGGCACGCGUCCUGGCCCCUCGCGGACUCGGGCUCACACUCGGACGGGAGACACCGGCGAGCCCCGUGGCGUGCACGGGAGGGGUACUUCCUGGGGUCCACAGGUGUGGCUCUGUUUGUCACGGACGGGAUCCCCGUCCUCAUCCCCACGUCCCCCAACACCAACGGAGGGGACUCCGAGCUGUGCCUGAGAGCGGUGGAGUCCAGGGAUACGGAGGUCGCGGGGUCGUCUGUGGGGUCAUCUGGAGGUCACCGGAGACUCCUGUACUCGGUGUGUGCGGCUCGCGACGUUCGGGCCGUGCACAGGGGCAUGCGGUCCAGGUUCUACGCGGCUCCGGAUUCGGCUCCCCUUCCAGACCUCCUCUGGAGCCUCCUGUGGCACCUGCCACGUGUCCCGGCCGACCCUGCCGCGCUCCACAGGGCCGUGCGUGGGCUGGCAAGGAAGCUCCACAAGCACGCCAUGGGAGACAGCGUCAUCAGCCUGGGGGAGGCGGCCGCACAUCUGCCACGGGCGGCGACGGCAGGGCCGCUGUUGGUGAAGGCGGUCGACCCGGCAUCCACUCCACUGCCGGCCGGCGUGUCGCUGUGCGUGGCCGCCUCUCCGUUCCUCCGAGCCGACAACCCCGAGUUCGACACCAGCCUGAGGAGCCGCGACACAGAGCAGCUGUGGGUUUCGGAUCCCGCGCCCCACGGAGGAGACGCGGUGCCCCAGCUGGUGCGACGCGACGGCCGCCUGUCCCUCCAGCUGGACGUGACGCGGGAGAUGGCGUGGCGCUGGCUCGAGUCGCACGCCGGCGCGGCCCUCUCGUGGACGGGCGCCGGCCGCCUCUCCCUGCUGCUCGCCGGCACCGAGCCCCCGGGCCCCGCCACGCCGUGCCGCGGUGCGGGCGGAGGCCGCGGCGGUGCGGGCGGAGAGGAGAGGGGCGAUGACGCCAUGCGGAGGUUCUCGCGGAUCGCCAUGGCCGUCGGAAACGGGACCGUCGUCUCGGACGCGUGCAGGAGUAGCGAAUUCCCGCUGUACGUGGCGCUACCAGCGCUGGAGUCCAGCUGGGGUCCUCGAGGUCUUGGGGCGCUCAUCCCGUCGGCGCUCCUCGCCAGCCUGCACGGAUACCGCUACUUCAUUCCCGACGCCGUGGGAGGCACAGCGAGCCGAGGGCCGCCUCCGGAGAAGAUGCUGUUUGUUCGGUGGAUGCAGAUCACGGCCUUCCUGCCCGUGAUGUCCUUCCUCACGCCGCCCUGGCACUACGAUAACGAGACCGCGUCGCUCUCCCUGCGCCUCGCCUCGCUGCACCGCUCCCUCGUGGCGCCUCUCCUGCGCCGCUUGGCCGAGAGCCCUGCGCAGGCGGGGCGGCCCCUCGUGCGUCCCCUCUGGUGGCUCGACCCCCGUGACCCCGUCGCGCUGAGCGUCCACGACGAGUUCCUGCUGGGAGACACGGUGAGGGCACCGCGGCGCGACUCCGCACCGCACCAAUCCCGCUCGCUAGAGUCCAGGGGUGGCCAACCUGCAACAGACCGAGAGCCAAAAAGGAGUCCUGAGUUCUGCAAAGAGCCGAGUGUAUAUAUCAUAAGUGUAAAUAUACUGACAGUUUUCGGCACAGUACGGGCGACAUGCAUUAUUAUUAUUAACUGCUGCGAUAGCGUGUUCUACGUUAUGCCCCUUCCAUAGAGCGGCACGUGGUGGAUUAAAUAGACAAUUGCUGCGCGAGACGGUGGAGCAAUUCGCCGAUGGACUGCAGGCACAGCCAUUUUCUCGUUAUUCACGGCGAUCAAUACCUUCCCGAGAUCACUCGUGAACAGCACAUUUCGCGGAAAAUAUAUAAAUAAGCUAUGAAAUAUAUUAAAAUUAUCAUAAUACACACAAAUGAACAUUGGUUAUAAUAAACAAAGUAAAUAGAAACUAAUAUUAAACGAUAAAUAACAGUUCAUUCAUUAAAUUAGCUUAAAUUAUGAUGCUGCGCGUCAUCACUUUCUCUCUCGAUGCUAUGAAAUAUGUAGAGUUCCAGAUGCGAUUCGCGGAUAGCCAAAAGCACAGACAACAAGCUUGCGAAUACCGGUACAGCACUUGCUAAGCCGGUGGACUGUACCGCAUCGGGAUGAUCCUUCAAGCGGCCGCGGGUUAUCAGGGGAGCGCGCUGCGCUACGAACCCGGCGGCCCAAGUUCGAUUCUCGCUCACGGCCACGAACACCGGUGACGAUUAUCUAAACCGGUCCUGACCUUCGCCUAGGUCGACUCAGCCUUAAAUUAGUACCUGGUGCGGUGUGUACACACCGCCACGAGUUGACAAAGGCGGCCGGAGGAAACACCAGCGGGACUUCUUGGACGCACUGUGAGGGUCCACUGUGAGGGUCAUCAACCGGACUAAUGCACUCACACCACGCAGCCACGAGAGGGCGCGAUCUCACAAACAAAUUUGAUUCACCCGUAUAUCCUGAACAGACUUUUGGGGCAUAUGCUGCGAGCGGGCACCUAUGAAGGUCGGGCACGGCACACGAGGGGGUGGGUGGCCAGCACCACGCCCGGCCGCCUUUGUCUCCCGAGUGGCGAUGUUCACACACCGCGUCAGGGGAGACCAAGGAACGGUUACAGAUAAUCGUCACCGGUGUUGGCCGUGAGCGGGGAUCGAACUCGGGUAGCCGGAUUCGUAGCGUUGUGCGCUAAUCCCUGUGCCACCGUUCCACCCCGAACGGCCUCAUCAUCGCUAUCGACCGUGAUUUAUCCGCUGCUGAAUGAAGGCCUCUCCCCAAGCCGUCACCAUCCCACACAUUCGCGCGAGGUAACGGCGAUCCAUCGAGAUCCUGCACACGAGCUGAUUGCGUCGCUCCAUCUCGGCGAGGGACGCCGUCUCGGGUCGCGUUCUCGCUCCUUUCUUUGCCUGCCGCUCCGUGGUUCAUCUCGACCGCCCGGCCAUCGCCCCAUCUUGCCGUGACGGAUCCUGCCUCAACGGGACAUUGUUCAUUCGCGCGAGGGCUAGAUUAAGGUUCUUUGAAGGCCCUAGGCACUUAUGUUUCGCCGGCCUUCAGUGACAAAGUUCUGCAGUUAGUACUGCUGAUGCUGCCCCAUGUUACUACCGCCACUGUCACUCCGCUUGUUUCACGCGGCACUUCGUCCAGCCUCUGCACCGAUCUCGUUACCGCUCCGUCCACUAUUUAGGCCGUGCCAUCAUUCGAUGUGUUCCGCAGAUAAGCAGAAUUCAUUUUAAUUUAUUGCACAUUUUUUUGCAAUGAAAAAAUAUCGGAAAAGUUCAUGUCUGGUGUUAAUUUCUCUCUCAUCUUAUGGAGAGAAAAAAACACAUUGACACAGACACGAUUCUGCAUCUUUGUACAUGCACCGUGCCUAUCCUUGCUGUGUAAAUAUUUAUUCAAGAAGAUGUCUUUGUCACAUUGUUUUCGUAGGCGCGAGGCACAUUGCCUCCUGUGCAUAUUGGAUAAUACGCCCCUGUGUCCGCGGACAGUUUCACCGCUGGCCUCUGUUAUUGUGGCUGCUGCUGCUCGUGAUAUUGAUGAAGGUCCCGACUAGCCGUUGCUGCUGCUGCUGCUAAUCUUGACGGCGAUGUUGCUCCCACCGCUGCUGCGUCUGCUUAACGAUCGCAAGAACGAUGUUUGACGUUGGCGCUGACGUUUCUGCCACCAACCGCACCCGCCACACAGUUGCUGGUGGCUCCGGUGACCCGCUGGGGCGCCGUGCACCGCGACAUCUACCUGCCGUGCCCACGGUGCCGCUGGCGGGAUGCCGACUCGGGCUCCG